AGAGAGAGAGAGGAAGAGAGAGAGAAAGAGGGGAGGGGGGCUGUAAUACGGAAUCUGAUCUUUUAAUCUCAGUUGGCCGCAAUUAAAACAAACCCCGCCGUAUAACUCAAAUAUCCCUUUGCAUAAAAACAUAUGGCCUCGCUAUAAAAAUUAUGGCUGGAAAACACUGACCCAUUAAUAGCCCGCGGACUGAUUUAUACUUUAUUGUUCUGCUCCCCCGCCACGUGACAGGCGCAGCCAAUGGGCGCCUGCGCUGCCCUCAACUUAUUACUGACUCUACUUCUCCGCCAGCACCAAGUUGUUACGUGAAACCCGCAGCCCCGAACCGCGGCGGGUCCGCCGCCGCCCGCCCGCCCGCCAUGUCGGCUCCCGGGACCCUCAGCAAUUACUACGUGGACUCCUUCCUGGUGCCGGAGGGGGACGAGCUGGCGGCGCCCCGCUACGCCCCCGCCCCGCUGGGGCCGCCGCCGCGGCCGGCGGCGCUGGCCGAGCACCCCGAGCUGGCCCCCUGCAGCUUCCAGCCCAAGGCGCCCGUCUUCGGCCCCCCCUGGAGCCCCGCGCACCCCGCCGGCGCCAGCGGCGUCCCCGCCGUCUACCACCCCUACGCGCACCACCAGGCGCCCGUGGCACCGCCCGACGGCAGGUACAUGCGUUCGUGGCUUGAGCCUGUGCCGGGCUCCUUGUCUUUCCCCGGGUUACCUACCAGCAGGCAUUACGGCAUUAAACCUGAACCGCUGGCGGCCAGGAGGGCUGACUGUACCACGUUUGACACUCACACUUUGUCUCUCUCUGAUUAUGCUUGUGGUUCUCCUCCAGUUGAUAGGGAUAAGCAAAGCCACGAAGGCGCAUUCUCUGAAAGCAAUGGAGAAAGUGAGGCAAACGGAGAGAAACCGCAGAUCGAUCCAAAUAAUCCAGCUGCAAACUGGCUCCACGCAAGGUCCACCAGGAAAAAGCGAUGCCCUUACACCAAGCAUCAGACACUGGAACUGGAGAAGGAGUUUCUGUUCAAUAUGUAUCUCACUAGGGACCGUAGAUACGAGGUGGCCAGGCUCCUCAAUUUAACAGAGAGACAAGUGAAAAUCUGGUUUCAGAACAGGAGGAUGAAAAUGAAGAAAAUCAACAAAGAUCGAGCGAAGGACGAAUGAUGGCGACACGUGGGUUAAAAUGAAAAUGCGUAAAGUAAAAGAAAAAAAAAAGAAAAAAGUAAAAACAAACAAACAAACAGCAACAACAAAAAAAUCAUCCCCUCGAGCCCUGCCAUACAAUGCGUCUGGGUCCAGGCCUCAUUUUUCCCUUGGCAAAUUCUGAUUAUGAUUGUACAAUGAUAGUCACAGAGGCCAGAUUGCCAGGAGAGGUACAGUAAGACUUUUAAUUUUCUAAUAGGAAAGAAAAAGGGGGCAUUAGCACGAAAAGGCUGUCUAACUGGCUUGUAUAAAUCUACCUGUUUCUUCACUUAUGUAAAGAAAAAAAAAAAGAAAAAACUACCUUUUCAUAAUGCACAACUAUUUACGGACUGUAUAGUUUAGUCUACGUAGUUAAUUUUAUUCGCUUUUUGCGUGGCAGAGAAAUCUCUGCUCUAAUACUUGAACACUGUGUUUUAUUGUGGUAAUUAUGUUUGUGACUCAAUUUAUGUGCUUGGGUGCUGUACCGGAUGUAAUGGUGUAAGCUAGAAUUCAAUUUGAACUCAGGUUGUUUAUUAUAAAAAUUGCAUAGAGUAUAGCUCUGUAGUGUAUUAAGUCUUUUCUGUAUAAUUAGACAGUUAACCUUUGAUUGUAAAAUAUAUAUAUUAUAUAUAUCCCAAUGCAAAAUAAAUAAAAAAAAAAAAGGUAGGAAAAACCGUUCAUUCGGGAUGUCUGGGAAUUACGGUUCUCAAAAUAUGAAGCAAGUAAUUUUAGUAUGCACAGUUGAUACAUAUAUAGUACUGUCUUUGUCGGUUGUAUAUAUAAUCUAUAUAUUAAAAAAAAAAAAGUAAAUAAACAGACUAGCUUAAAUAUUGUUUUUGCACCAGUGAGCAGUUAGCAGAUUUCGGAGCUAUACGUAUAUGUGAAAAGGGUAACUACCUAUGGUUUAUGUUUGAAUUUUAAUCGAAUGAUUUGAUGGUUAUUGUAAUGAAGGUUAAUUUUAUUGAUAAUAAAUUAUACGUUAUAAAAACCUACAUUUGGUUAUUGUAAAUUUGUAUCGAUUAAAAAAAAAAAUCUGGGAAGUUGUGUUAAUGCAGAACGUACACUGUCUAUUUUGAAACAGUUACCUCAUGGCCUACUGACCAAAUCGUUGUGUUGAAAUGAUAUUUAACUUUUUGCCAAAUAAAAUAUAUUGAUUCUUUUA